UAGACCCUACACUCAGCGUGACUGGAAGGGGUGUUCCAGCUAGAUUUUUGAUGCAAUUCUCUUUUAUUUACAGUGAAAGAACUUUAUCAGCUUCCACAUUGCAAUGAGUUCGUCUAAAGGGAAAAUCAUUACCGUCGUUGGCAGCGGGCUGAUAGGCCGGUCCUGGGCCAUGGUGUUCCUGAGUGGAGGCUACAGGGUGCAGAUCUACGACAACCAGGCGGGCCAGGCCGCCAGGGCACUGCUGGAUGUCAGGAAGCAGUUGGAGGAGCUGCAGGAAGCUGGCAUGCUGAGGGGUGACCUGAGUGCCACACAGCAGUUAGCCCUGCUGAGUAGUCAUGAUGACCUCCCCCAGGCCUUAGAGGGAGCAUUCUUCGUUCAGGAGUGUGUGUUUGAGCAGCUGGAGGCCAAGCAGGAAGUGUUCCGGGCUGUGGAGAGCCAUGUUGGAGAGGGCGUGGUCCUCAGUAGCUCCACUUCCUGCCUGCUACCUAGCAACGUCUUCUCUCAGGUCCAGAACCAGAAACGAUGCAUCAUAUCUCACCCGGUGAACCCUCCCUACUACGUGAAACUGGUGGAGCUGGUGCCGCACCCCGAGACGUUGCCAGCGGUGAUGGAUGCCACCUACGCGCUAAUGAGCGAGGUGGGCCAGGCGCCGGUCCGUCUGCGGAAGGAGAUUGACGGCUUUGCCCUGAACCGGGUGCAGUACGCCAUCAUCGCAGAGUCCUGGAGGCUGGUCAAGGACGGUGUUAUCUCAGUAAAGGACAUCGACCUGGUGAUGUCAGAGGGUCUGGGAAUGCGCUACGCCUUUAUUGGUCCCAUGGAAACCAUGCAUCUGAAUGCACCUGAAGGGCUGCAGGACUACCUCCAGAGGUACUCGCAGGGCAUGAGGAGGGUGCUGGAGGCCUUCGGGCCCGUCCCUGACUUCUCCGGGGAGGCUGCCUCUCAAAUCAACAAAGAAAUGUGUGAGCUGAUCCCCAGUGAUCAUGAGCACCUGUCUGUCCGGAGGGAGAGGAGGGACCAGCUACUCAUGGGCCUGGCCUCACUGAAGAAGUGACGGGCCGAGGCUCGCGGGGAGGCUGGGGCUGAGACUGGGCCCCUCCGGAUCUCUGCUGUAACUGUCUCAGCUGUGGAGCAAGGUGGACAAGAUAGCUGCCGCCUCAAAGGAUCUCAAGGCCAAGAUGAGGCCUAAUCACAAUGAUGAUCAGGCUGGAUGCUGAGUUUGGCUGUUUAAUGAAUUAAUAAUGUGAAUCGUUUUGCUAUAAUUUUGACUGAUCAUUAACAAAGAUCAAAGCCAUUUCUAGUGUUUGUUGUACUGUGAAUUAAGAAGAUCGUUUAAUAAUAAAAGAUUGCGACGUAA